AGGUUCUGGCCUUGUGUAGUAGUUUGUCCAGAGCAGAGACGAUCUCAACAGUUCUCCAGUUUCGGUUAUUAUCAUUCCUGUAUUUUGGAGAAUUGUCAUACUAAAAAGUCAAGAUGUCGUACAUGGGAGUACCCAAAGAUGACCCGGAUUUCCAGUACUUGUGCGUGGACCGGAUGAAAUUAAUGAAGGAAAUGAAGGAAUUCGAUGGUAAAAAAGCUUGCUGGUGCCCAGAUGACAAGGAAGGAUUCAUUGGUGCAGAAAUUCAAUCUUCAAAAGGAGAGGAGCUUACAGUUAAAAUUACUGAAACGCAACAGAACAGAACAGUAAAGAAAGAUGACAUCCAACAGAUGAAUCCACCCAAGUACGAAAUGAGUGAAGACAUGGCUAAUUUAACAUAUUUGAACGAAGCUUCUGUAUUGCACAACUUGAGAGCACGUUAUAAAGCACAGCUGAUCUAUACCUACUCUGGACUUUUCUGCGUUGCUAUCAAUCCCUACAGACGUCUCCCAAUCUACACUGAGAGCGUCAUUAGUAAAUACAAGGGAAAAAGGAAGACUGAAAUGCCUCCCCAUCUGUUCUCUAUCUCUGACAAUGCUUACCAGUUCAUGUUGCAAGAUCGUGAAAAUCAGUCUAUUUUGAUUACAGGCGAAUCUGGAGCCGGAAAGACAGAAAAUACGAAGAAAGUAAUCAUGUACUUUGCCAAAGUAGCUGCUUCACUUGGUAAAAAAGAUGCAUCCGAUGAAGAAAAGAAGCCUGAUACAAAAGUGGGUUCACUAGAAGAUCAGAUUAUCCAAGCUAACCCUGUACUUGAAGCCUACGGUAAUGCCAAGACUACCAGAAAUAACAACUCGUCUCGAUUCGGAAAAUUCAUCCGUAUUCACUUUGGGCCAACUGGAAAAAUAUCCGGUGCCGACAUUGAAACAUAUUUGCUGGAGAAAUCUCGUGUAACCUUUCAACAGUCAGCAGAGAGAAACUACCACAUUUUCUACCAGUUGUGUUGUAGUGCCAUUCCUAAAUUACAUGAAAUAUGCUUGAUAUCACCAGAUGCUGGACUAUAUUCUUUUAUCAAUCAAGGCGCUCUCACUGUUGAUGGCAUUGAUGACGUAGAGGAAAUGUUGCUUUGUGAUGAAGCUUUUGAUAUCUUGGGUUUCUCUGAGACGGAAAAGAUAAGUGCAUACAAAUGCACAGCUGCUAUAAUGCAUAUGGGUGAGAUGACCUUCAAACAAAGAGGUGAACAGGCUGAAGCUGAUGGUAGUGCUGAAGCUGAGAAAGUUUCUUUCCUGUUGGGAGUUAACUCUAAUGAUUUCAUUAAAGCUUUGGUCAAACCCAAGAUUAAGGUCGGCACAGAGGUUGUUGUCCAGGGACGUACAAAGGAACAGGUUGUCUACUCAGUUUCUGCCAUGAGUAAAUCUCUCUAUGACAGACUAUUCAACUGGCUUGUAGUAAGAGUAAAUAAAACACUCGACACCAAAGCCAAGAGGAACUACUAUAUUGGUGUCCUGGAUAUCGCAGGGUUCGAAAUUUUCGAGUACAAUACCUUUGAACAAUUGUGCAUUAACUACACCAAUGAAAGACUGCAACAGUUCUUCAACCAUCACAUGUUUGUUUUGGAGCAAGAAGAAUAUAAGAAGGAAGGAAUCCAGUGGGAGUUUAUCAACUUUGGUAUGGACUUGCAAGCCUGUAUCGAUCUUAUUGAGAAGCCCAUGGGUAUUCUGUCUAUUCUUGAAGAGGAAUGUAUGUUCCCCAAGGCUUCAGACAAAUCUUUCAAAGAAAAGCUUUACUCAACUCAUAUGGGAAAAUCACCUAACUUUAACAAACCAGGCAAAGCUUCAAAGGGAAAGAGAUCCGACUUCGAACUUGGUCACUAUGCCGGAGUUGUUCCAUAUGGUACUGAAGGUUGGUUAGAAAAGAACAAAGAUCCCAUUAACGAGACUGUUGUAGAAUUGCUUGCUCAAUCUAAGGAGCACCUUGUAGCUACCCUAUUCCAGCCACCAGCAGUUCCAGAUGGAGGUUCUCACAAGAAAAAGAAAUCUUCUGCCUUCCAGACCAUUUCUGCUGUGCACAGGGAAUCUUUGAAUAAAUUGAUGAAGAACUUGUACAGCACACAUCCUCACUUUGUCAGAUGUAUCAUUCCUAACGAAUUGAAACAACCAGGUACGAUUGAUGCUGCUUUGGUAUUGAACCAGCUACAGUGUAAUGGUGUACUGGAAGGAAUCCGUAUUUGCCGUAAAGGAUUCCCAAGCAGAAUCAUAUACUCUGAGUUCAAACAAAGAUACUCAAUUUUGGCUCCAAACGCUAUCCCACAGGGCUUUGUUGAUGGUAAAGUUGUCUCCGAGAAAGUUUUGUUGGCUCUACAAUUGGAUCCAGCAGAAUACAGACUUGGCAACACCAAAGUCUUCUUCAAAGCAGGUGUCGUCGGUAAUCUUGAAAAUAUGCGUGAUGAACGUCUUAGUGCAAUCAUUUCAAUGAUGCAAGCUCACAUCAGAGCCUAUCUUAUAAGAAAAUCCUACAAGAAAUUGUGCGAUCAAAGAGUUGGUCUUUCUGUCAUCCAACGUAACAUCAGAAAAUGGCUUAUUCUCAAAAAUUGGCAAUGGUGGAAGAUGUACGCCAAGGUCAAGCCUUUGUUGAACAUUGCUAGACAGGAAGAGGAAAUGGCAAAGAAACUCGAACAACUGAAGAAACUUGAAGAAGAUCUAGCUAAAUGUGAAAGGCUAAAAAAAGAACUUGAAGUACAAAACGUCACUCUACUCGAGCAAAAGAAUGAUCUCUUCCUUCAGUUGCAGACCGAGCAAGACAAUGUCAUCGACUUAGAACAGAGAGUCGAACAGCUCGUCACACAGAAAGCAGACUAUGAAUCUCAAAUCAAAGAAAUGGAAGAACGUCUCCUUGAUGAGGAAGAUGCUGCAGCCGAAUUAGAAACUAUCAAAAAGAAAAUGGAGGGGGAGAAUGAUGAGCUCAAGAAAGAUAUAGAAGAUUUAGAAAGUUCUCUUGCAAAGGCUGAACAAGAAAAGACUACUAAAGAUAACCAGAUUAAAACACUCCAAGAUGAGAUGUCACAACAGGAUGAACAAAUAUCUAAGCUGAACAAAGACAAGAAGGCUAUGGAUGAAGCUCAUAAGAAAACAACUGGCGAUUUACAAAAGGAAGAAGAUAAAGUGAACCAUCUUAACAAAAUUAAACAGAAAUUGGAAUCGACUUUAGAUGAACUUGAGGAUAAUUUGGAGCGUGAGAAGAAGGUUAGAGGUGACGUAGAGAAAGCCAAACGAAAAAUAGAACAAGAUCUGAAGGCCACACAAGAAGCUGUUGAAGACUUAGAACGUGUGAAAAGGGAUCUUGAAGAUGCCAAUAGGAAGAAAGAAGCUGAAAUUGGUAGUCUCCAUUCACGUCUUGAAGAUGAACAAAGUCUUAUUGCACAACUUCAGAGAAAGAUUAAAGAACUACAGGCCAGAAUUGAGGAGCUAGAAGAAGAGUUAGAAGCAGAAAGAUCAGCUAGAACAAAGGUUGACAAACAACGUGCUGAGAUUGCUAGAGAAUUGGAUGAACUUGCCGACAGAUUAGACGAGGCAGGAGGAGCCACACAAGCACAGCUCGACUUGAAUAAGAAGAGAGAACAAGAAUUAGUAAAAAUGCGCCGCGAUUUGGAAGAAUCAGCACUUCAACAUGAGGCUCAGAUUUCAUCUAUACGCAAGAAACAGCAAGAUGCAGCCAAUGAAAUGGCUGACCAAAUAGACAAUCUUCAGAAAGUUAGAAACAAACUAGAUAAGGAAAAGAAAGAUAUGAAACGGGAAAUGGAUGAUAUGCAAGCCAACUUCCAACACCAGUUGAAGAACAGAGGGGCCUCUGAUAAGGUUGUCAAACAGUUCGAAUCACAGAUUGCUGACAUAAACGCUGAAUUGGAGAAAAGCCAAAGAAAUCUUGUUGAAAUGACGAACCAGAAGGCUAAGUUUGAGCGUGAUGCAUCAGACUUGAUGAGUCAACUUGAGGAGGCUGAACACAAUGUUGGAAGUAUGUCGAAGGAGAAAUCACGAUUGGCUCAACUACUCGAAGAUGCAAAAAGUGCUUUGGAAGAUGAAACAAGGGCAAGACAGAAACUCCAGAGUGAGAUGAGAAAUUUGAGUAAUGAUUUAGACGGUGUUCGUGAACAACUUGAAGAAGAACAAGAAGGCAAGAACGACCUUCAACGACAGCUUGCAAGAGCAAAUGCUGAUGCUCUAGCAUGGAAAGCUAAAUACGAAGGUGAAGGAGCAGCAAAGGCUGAGGAACUUGAAGAUGCAAAACGUAAACUUCAAGCCAAAUUAGCUGAAGCUGAACAGAAUGCUGACGCUGCUAAUGCAAGAGCAAGCCAGCUAGAGAAGGCCAAAAACAGGCUCCAGGGAGAACUGGAAGACGUAUCAAUUGAAUCUGAAAGAGCAACUGCCAAUGCCAACGCUAUGGAAAAGAGACAGCGCGGAUUUGACAAGACAAUACAAGAAUGGAAGGACAAGGUCUCAGAACUCCAAGUUGAAUUGGAAUCAGCACAGAAAGAAGCCCGAAGCUACUCAGCAGAGCUGUUCAGAGUUAAAGCCCAGGUUGAGGAAUCACAGGACUCCAUUGAAGCUUUGAGGAGAGAAAAUAAGAAUUUAGCAGAGGAGAUCCACGAAUUAACAGAUCAGCUUUCUGAAGGAGGGCGAAGUGUACAUGAGGUUGAGAAGGCCAAGAGACGUCUUGAGAUGGAGAAGGAAGAACUGCAGGCCGCUUUGGAGGAAGCUGAAUCUACACUUGAGAACGAGGAGGCUAAAGUUGCAAGAUCACAGCUAGAAAUAUCAGCCAUCAGAAACGACAUCGACAGAAGAAUUCAUGAAAAAGAUGACGAAUUCGAAAACACACGUCGCAACCACCAGAGAGCUCUAGACUCAAUGAAUGCUAGUCUUGAAGCCGAAAGUAAGGGCAAAGCUGAGGCAUUGAGAAUCAAGAAAAAACUAGAACAAGAUAUAAACGAACUGGAGGUAGCCGUUGACGCUUCUAAUAGAGCAAAGGCUGAACUAGAAAAGAAUAUUAAGAGAUAUCAACAACAAGUUACAGAAAUGCAAGCACAGCUUGAAGAUGAACAGCGCCAGCGUGAAGAAGCACGCGAGUCAUAUAGCAUGGUAGAAAGACGAUGCAACAUGCUCCAGGGAGAAACAGAGGAAUUGAGAACAGCCCUUGAACAAGCAGAGAGAGCAAGAAAGAACGCAGAGAAUGAACUUUAUGAAGCCAGUGAUAGAGUCAAUGAAUUAUCUGCAGAAGUUAGUUCUGCACAAGGACAGAAACGUAAACACGAAUCUGAUAUGCAGGCUAUGCAGACUGAUCUGGAUGACAUGAGCAAUGAGAUUAAGGCCGCUGAUGAACGUGCAAGAAAGGCUACGGCUGAUGCUGAAAGACUUGCCAAUGAAUUAAGAAACGAACAAGAACACAGCCUGCAAGUAGAGAGACAACGCAAGGCUAUCGAAUCUACAGUUAAGGACUUGCAGAUUAGACUGGAUGAGGCUGAAGGACAGGCCCUCAAAGGAGGAAAGAAGAUAAUUGCCAAAUUAGAGCAGAGAGUAACUGAACUUGAAGGUGAACUUGAUAAUGAACAACGUCGUCAUGCUGAAACUCAGAAGAACAUGCGAAAGGCUGAUCGAAGAUUGAAGGAAAUUGCCUUCCAGGCUGAUGAAGAUAGAAAGAUCCAAGAGAGACUUCAGGAAAUGAUUGAUGCACUCAAUGCUAAAAUCAAAACAUACAAACGCCAAGUAGAGGAGGCCGAAGAAAUUGCUGCAGUUAAUCUGGCUAAAUACAGGAAAGUACAGCAGGAAUUGGAGGAUUCUGAAGAACGUGCUGACAGUGCCGAUACCGCUCUGCAGAAACUUCGUGCCAAGAACCGUAGCUCUGUAUCAAUACAACGUACUAGUAUAUUGUCCUCUAGUAUGAACUCUGCAUAAAUUAUAUUUUACAAACCAACUUGUUGCCGUCCUGCUAAGGUGACUUGGACAUAGCAUUUAUUCGAACAGCCUGUAACAUCAGCUACUACACAAGACGUUUUAAGACUUUAAUCUGACCGGCUCUAUCCUAGACUCUGAAAAGAUAGCUCUAUAUUAGUCCAGUGUUAUAGUGUUAAUAGACUUUUUAUUUGUUAUUUAUUAAUGGGCUAUGGUAGAGCUCGCAGAGACAAUUAAUAAAUGUUGAGUGCUGCAUGAUCCUUUGCUAGGACAGUGUGACAAGUGAUAAAUUUCUUUGUGAUGUUCCUUUAUAAUCCUUGAAAUAAAUUAUAUUUAUUGUUA